UCAGUUCCUUCAAAGCAGUCACUUAGAAUCGUUCAAUUUCAUAAAGCAAACAAUGGUCGUAAUCGUUGUUGCAGUGGCACUGCUGCUGACCACUGCUUCGACAGCAUUCCCGACUGCCGACGAAGCUGAACCGGCUGCAACGGAGCAGUACACCCUACCCGAACCCGGUGUCUGCGGUGUCAACCUAGCGGAUCGCAUCCUGGGAGGAACCAAAACUGCAAUCAAUGCUUAUCCGUGGACUGCUUUGCUGGUGGUGGAGCCUCGUGCCGGUGGUUCCGAAUCGUUCGCGUGUGGUGGAUCGUUAAUCUCCGAUCGGUUCGUUCUGACUGCUGCUCACUGUUUCCGGGAGCUUCCCGAUUGGGUUCACGUAGUACGUGUGCGGCUCGGUGAGUGGGAUCUUAAGAGCGAGGAAGAUUGCAACGAUGAUAACCUUUGCACUGACAAGCCGGUUGAUGUCGAUGUCGGAAGCUACGUCGUUCAUGAAGGCUAUGAUUCAAAGAAUAUUCAUAACGAUGUUGCGCUGAUUAAGCUGGCAAAGCCGGUCACCUUCUCCGAGUUUAUUUCGCCGGUAUGUUUGCCUCUGACGGAGGAAUUGCAGAAUCAGACUAUCGACGGGAAACAUUUCACGGUUAUUGGAUGGGGUACUACAGAGCGGGGCCAAGAAGCACCAGGUGUUUAUGGUAGUCGAUACAAGUUGGAAGUUGACGUUCAUGGAGCAGAUUCGGAAACUUGUCAUGCGGUCUAUCCUGAACUGAAGGACUCGGAACUGUGUGCUGGAGGAGAAGCUGGGAAGGACUCGUGCCAAGGCGACUCCGGUGGAUGUCUGGUAGCUCCGGAAAGUGAUGGUUAUUGGUAUCAGUACGGAGUUGUGAGCUGGGGCCUCGGUUGUGGAAAUCAAGGCGUUCCGGGUGUUUACGCUCGCGUUAGCAGCUUUGUUGAUUGGAUCAAAAAGCAUAUGAAAUGAAUGCAUAAGCAACAAUUCAAUCCAAUCCACCAAUUGUAAUCAAUGUGUGAAGUCAAGAAUUUUCCCAAUCAUACAUCACAAUCGGAAAAAUCAUACCGAUAACUCACACCGGCUCUCCGAGUUCUUAUCAGUCCAUUUAUCAAACCGAACGCGAUGCUAUCGCGAAUCGUUCCCAAUUUACAUACGUUGGGUAAACACAUUCGAGCGAAUUUAUGACUUUCCACAUCGACCACCAGCAAAAGCAGAAAGGCAUGACCGGAAGGAUGACAUUGGAUGAUUGGUUCGAGUGGCGCUGGCUGUGACCGACGACGAAGUUUAUUUGUACAAUUGAUUAGAAUAAAUUCGUUUCGAUUGUGCAGCUUU